AGCAGCUGUGCGCCGUGACGCGCGCGCGAACACAGGGAGAGAAAGACAGAGGGGGGUGGGGGGAGGAGAAGGAGAGAUAGGGCGCGCGACAGAUCUCAUCUCUCAAAAUCAGCCAGUUAGUAUCACAAAACACAAGAAGCGCAGGUGAUCUUCAAACGUUCCGCUGUUUGCCUCCACCUUCCAAACUGACUUUCGCACCAAACUUCCGUCAGACGUCCAGCAUGAGCGGAGGCAAACACCAUGGAUGUGCCACAUGAGGCGGACCGGAGAAACUGAAACCACCGCUCAAAGUUUGUCCUUAGAAAUCACUGUGACUCCGACUAAGCAAACAAACAACUUUAUCCGUGUUUUUCUCAAACACAUCACUUGUCGCCUGCCACUUGGGAUUGCUUGGAUUCCGCGGUGUGUCUUUAUAUGUUCAGCUGGGGAGACGCGUAGCUUUUCGGCGUGGUCCGCUAAAAGGAAGGUGACAUGCAGGUUCUCAGCUGGACCAUAGUUCUCCUGAGCCAGUGGAUCCUACGGAAGGUCCAAGGGUUGGAGAGGCAAGUGGAUUUCUCAGAUCUGGGCCCAGUGGGGGCGGUGAUGAAGACUCUUCCAUACGGCAUGGGCGGAGGCACAGUUGGAGGAGUAGUUAAGCCGCCGUACCAAACCAUCUUCUCCACACCGAUCGAUCAGACACCGGUGAAAUCCAAGCCACCCCCGUACAGUUCCUAUAGCCCUUAUGAGCUGGCCCGGAACCAGUCCCUGCUAGUGGAUCAGACAGGCUACCGCUCCAAGCGUAAACCUGCACUAAAGACAGCCAUGAAGACCAAGAAAAUCUUUGGCUGGGGGGACUUCUACUUCAAUGUCAAGACCGUGAAGUUCAGCCUGUUGGUGACAGGGAAGAUUGUGGACCACAUCAAUGGGACUUUUACUGUUUAUUUUCGCCACAACUCCUCCAGCCUGGGAAACGUGUCGGUCAGUAUCGUGCCACCUACCAAAGUGGUAGAGUUUGAGGUCCUUCAGCAGCAUCAUCUGCACCCCCACACCCAGCAGGACGUCCAGAUCCAGGAGACACAGCAGUCCACCAUCGAUCCGAAAGAGGCAAAGACCUUAAACUGUCGGGUCGAGUACGAGAAAACCAACAGAUCCAAGAAAUCCAAACCCUGCCUGUAUGAUCCAUCUCAGACCUGCUUCACAGAGCACACCCAGUCCCACGCUGCUUGGCUUUGUGCUAAACCUUUCAAGGUGAUCUGCAUCUUCAUCUCUUUCUUCAGCAUUGAUUAUAAGCUGGUUCAGAAAGUGUGUCCAGACUACAACUUCCAAAGCGAUCACCCUUACUUUGGAUAAAGUAAACGAGACUAAAUAGAGAAUAAAAGAGACAAUGAUGAGUAAAAUGAUAAUGAUGGAAAUGAUAGUCAUACUGAUCCUGUUAAAAAAGCAGGGGACAGUUUUUUUUGCCUCUAAACAGCUGUGAAUUGUGAAUUUAAAUCAUGUAUAUUCAGACUUAUGGAUGAUUAGGAUAUGGCUGAUUUCACUGACGUCUUUUCCAACUUUGUAUUUGUUCUGUUUUUCUUUGUUUUCUUUUGUUUUCUGUAAAUAUUGUACUCAACCCCAGCAGACUUAUUGUUUUUAGAUAUUAGUUUCUUAGUGUCAUUUCUUUCUGAAGUUGGAGGCUUGGUUACAAACAGCUGGAAUCAGUGUUAUGCCCUUCGAGUACAAAGUAAGCCUCUGAGGCAGCCGAACAGCGCCAUCACUGUAUGGCAAACGUAAUGUUAUGGUAGACUGACUGUUAAUCAUCCUCUCAGCUCUACAUUUAAACCCUGGAUAUAAAAGAGUUAUAUGUAUGAGAAAUGCCAUGCUGGAUAUGCAUACAAUAUACUGUAUGAAAAAGCACAUUAAAAUCUCUUAAACUGUC